GGCGAGGGCCGCGUUCGGGCGCGCUUGGCUCGGCGUCGCACACGCACAGAUGUGACUUCUUGUCUGUUCCCUGAGAACGUACAACCGUGACGGCUCACCUCCUCCCUCCUCCCCUCCUCCCAACACACGCGCGCUUACAGAAAAAAAAAAAAAAAAAAAAAAAAAAAGGCCACCCUUCCUUUCACGAUUUUUUUUUUUUUUCCCUCAGAUCCCCACACCGCGCUGCAGCCGCCGCCGCCGCCGAGCCCCGGGAGCUGAUGGAGCAAUGGUUCAAACCACCUGAAGCUGUGAGGGCGAGAAAGAGAGAGGAAAGUGGGGAGGACGAAGGGGAGGAAGGAGAGACGGAGAGAGGGCAAAGAGAGAGAGGCGCUGAGAGCCCUGAGGCAGCAGGAAGGGUGCAGGCACUGCCGCUGAGAGGAGAUCGAGAGACAGGGGGUGCACUUGACAACCAGCAUGCAGAGAUGUCAGAAGAGGCAGAAGUGGAUGUGAGAGACAGACACACACAGAGACACAGAGAGCGAAAGAGGGCAAGAGACUUGACUUUAAGAGACUCCUGCACUGACAACUCCAUGCAGUUCGGAACAAGAACGGCAGCGACCGACUCUGGUUUCAUGGGGACAUGGCAGAACACUGACACUAACCUCCUGUUCAGAAUGUCCCAACAGGCCAUCCGCUGUACACUGGUAAAUUGCACAUGUGAAUGUUUUCAGCCAGGAAAGAUUAACCUGAGAACCUGUGAUCAGUGUAAACAUGGCUGGGUGGCACAUGCUUUGGACAAGCUUAGUACUCAGCACCUCUACCACCCAACCCAAGUGGAGAUUGUGCAGUCCAACGUUGUGUUCGACAUCAGCAGCUUGAUGCUCUACGGUACCCAGGCUGUGCCUGUGAGACUGAAGAUACUACUUGAUCGACUCUUCAGUGUACUGAAGCAAGAGGAGGUGUUGCAUAUUCUACAUGGCUUAGGCUGGACACUUCGAGACUAUGUUCGAGGCUACAUCCUUCAGGAUGCUGCAGGCAAGGUGCUGGACCGCUGGGCAAUCAUGUCCAGGGAAGAAGAGAUCAUUACCCUUCAGCAGUUCCUGAGGUUUGGAGAAACCAAAUCCAUUGUGGAGCUGAUGGCAAUUCAAGAAAAAGAAGGGCAGGCUGUGGCUGUGCCAUCUUCAAAGACAGAUUCAGAUAUAAGAACUUUUAUUGAAAGCAAUAAUCGCACCAGGAGCCCAAGUCUCCUUGCUCACCUGGAGAAUAGCAACCCUUCCAGCAUUCAUCAUUUUGAAAACAUCCCGAAUAGCCUUGCAUUCCUGCUUCCAUUCCAGUACAUAAAUCCAGUCUCUGCUCCGCUGCUGGGGCUGCCUCCAAAUGGCCUCCUGCUGGAACAGCCAGCAAUGAGGCUCCGUGAACCAAGCCUUACAACCCAAAAUGAAUAUAAUGAGAGCAGUGAAUCUGAAGUUUCCCCUACACCUUUCAAGAAUGAGCAAACAUCCAGCAGGAAUGCUUUGACCAGCAUCACAAAUGUUGAACCCAAAACUGAGCCAGCCUGUGUCUCUCCUGUUCAGACACCUACGCCUGUCAAUGAUUUAUCGAAACCAGAACAUACUAAAAGCUCAUUCCGCAUUCACAGAAUGAGGAGAAUGGGGUCUGCCUCCAGAAAAGGAAGAGUGUUUUGUAAUGCAUGUGGCAAAACUUUCUAUGACAAAGGUACUCUUAAAAUCCACUACAAUGCCGUUCACCUGAAAAUCAAGCACCGGUGCACUAUUGAGGGCUGCAACAUGGUCUUCAGCUCUCUCAGAAGCCGCAAUCGUCACAGUGCUAACCCCAACCCCCGCCUCCACAUGCCUAUGCUAAGGAAUAAUCGAGACAAAGAUCUAAUUCGUGCUACAUCAGGUGCUGCCACUCCAGUCAUAGCAAGUACAAAAUCCAACCUAACUUUAACAAGCCCUGGGCGUCCACCGAUGGGAUUUACCACUCCCCCUCUAGAUCCUGUGCUACAGAAUCCUCUUCCCAGCCAGCUGGUGUUUCCAGCUUUAAAGACUGUCCAACCUGUUCCUCCUUUUUACAGAAAUUUACUUACUUCUGGAGAGAUGGUGAGUCCUCCAACCUCCCUCCCUACCAGUCCAAUAAUACCAGCAUCAAGUGGCAUGGAGCAGCAUCCCCCUCCUCCUUCAGAGUCAUCGAUUCCAUCAGUGCUGAUGCCCACUCCAGAGCCUAAUACUGAUCUUGCCCCGAAGAAGAAGCCAAGGAAGUCAAGCAUGCCAGUUAAAAUAGAAAAGGAAGUUAUUGAUACUGCCGAUGAGUUUGAUGAUGAAGAUGAAGAGGUGAAUGACAGCAGUACAAUGGUGAAUGACAUUGGUCAUGACAAUCACUGCCAUUCUCAGGAAGAAAUGAGCCCAGGUCUGUCAGUGAAAGACUUUUCUAAAACUGACAGAAGCAGAUGUAUUACCCGACCAGAUAUAAGAAGGGCAGACAGCAUGACGUCAGAAGACCAAGAGCAUGAGAGAGACUAUGAAAAUGAGUCGGAGUCAUCAGAGCCCAAAUUGUGUGAGGAAUCCAUGGAAGGCGAUGAUCGCCUCCAUGAACCUGGUGAAAAAUCUAUGAUGCAUAGUGACAGACCAGAUGAAAACCACAAUGACUCUUCUAACCAGGAUGUCAUUAAGGUGAAGGAAGAGUAUACAGACCCUACAUAUGAUAUGUUCUACAUGAGCCAAUAUGGACUGUACAAUGGAGGCAGUGCCAGUAUGGCUGCCCUUCAUGAAAGUUUUGCAUCCACAUUCAACUAUAGCAGCCCUCAGAAGUUCUCCCCAGAAGGUGAAAUGUGCUCAAGCCCAGACCCCAAGAUCUGCUACGUGUGCAAGAAGAGUUUCAAGAGUUCCUACAGUGUGAAACUUCACUACAGGAACGUUCAUUUAAAAGAAAUGCAUGUCUGCACGGUGGCUGGCUGUAACGCUGCGUUCCCAUCACGGAGAAGCAGAGACAGGUCAGUAAAUAUUAAUUGAUUUUCUACAUUAUUAAAUGUGUUGAAUUAUGUAGGAAUAGGCAGUUUAGGGUACAUGAAAUAGAGAGAGGCACAAUAAUGACAAGUGACAAUCAUGUUCCCAUGACAUUGAGAGAAUUUUAUCACUUCAAGAUUUUCAUUGUUGCUUGGCAUUCAGAAUAGUAUAUGUUGUGCCAUCCUCUUAAGUGACUGGCAAGAUAAUAAAUAUCAUUAUUCUUUCUGUGUACCUGUGCCUAUGUGUACUUCUCUUUAUAAGCUGCAACUUAUUACAUUUAUUUUCUUCUCCCUGCAGCUUUUAAAUCUAGAAAAGCUUCUAUUAAAUAUAUAGUAAAUAAUAUACAAUGGAAAUAUCUUUAUGCAUGCACAGAAGUAGGAAGGAGGGGAAGGGAUGGAUGGACAGUUGGAUGAAUGGGUGGAGAGAGAGAGAAUGGAAGGAUUGGAAUAAAAGAAUGAUUUCCAUCCCAAUAGGGUGAUAUAGAAGCAAACAGGAAACAUUAAAAGAAUAGUCUUUCUUCUCUUCAAUUUUUAAAAUUAGCAAGAACAAGUAAAUAUUAAGAAAAUAAUUGUCUCUUUUUAGGAAUGUAUACAUGUCUCGGUCCUCUAUGGUUAUUUAGUCCACUUUCUUUUCUUCUCUGAGCAAGUCCCUUCCCUACUGAUUGGAAUAAUGCACACUCAGCCAGAAGAGACUAGACCCCUACAUAUUGCUAAGAUCAACCCAGGGUAUAUUCUGCUGGCCCUUCAAAUGACAUCAUGCCCAAGCUAUGCUGCAUCAAUACUGAAACAGUUGGGCUUAAACAGAAGCAGCUGGUCCUUAAACUCUUAGGUUUAUAUAUACACACACUAUUCUUUUUGAUUCCUGAGGAAAAUGUAAUCUAAAUGGAAUUUCUCAAGGUGGUAGGAUAAUGCAGUUAUUUCAUAGUUAUGGAUAAAAGCUCUCACAUGUGAUGAUGAUCAUAUUGUCACAUAACAAAAUCUCUCUGGUUCAUGGAGUGAUGGAGAGAUUGGGUCAUCUCUUUUCCUUUAUUUGUGUUUCAUAUUUUUUCAUUAUGCUGUAAAGAUUCAGCAGACACAGGAAGGAAAUUAAACCUAGUUAAGUAUCUCACACACAGCUCUUUUUUUUCUUUUUUUUUUUUUUUUCAUUGAAAUUGAUGGGGUUUGAAAGUGAAUAUUUCUUGUAAUACAAAAUGAAAGCAACUUAGUGCUGAGGAGACUAAGGAGACAAAAUUUGCUUUUUUGAUGGAGUCCAGUCCCUGACUAUCUCAUAUAUUCUCUUCCCAUUUAUAAAAUUCCCUGAAAAGAAGAAGAAGAACCAUUAGAAAACAAUUUCAAAACAGACAAGGACGAUCUAGAAAGUUUGUUUUACAGUAGGAAGAAACCACUGGGCAUCAAGCAGGGAAAAGUGAAUUAAGACUUCAUUCUUUGGGUGUCUUGGUAACUUUUAUGAGACUUGAGUUUGACAAAGGAAGUGGAUGAGUCAAUGGCAUACUUCGUUCUGAGUUUAGAUAUGUUCAAUUCCUGAAACUGCACAGGUUCUGUUAGUCCAAAAUUUGGCUUGGUUGGUCUGUUUCCUCAAGUAAAUUAGUGAAAUGUUAAUCGUAUACUAGGCAAAACAGCUUUGGAUUCAGUGCAUGAAUUACGAAGUGACUAGAUUUAGAAUUUGGAACAUUGUGCAAUGUUAAAUUUCAGAAGAAAACCAUUGAUAGAUUAUGCUAAUAAUAAAGGUAGUAUAUUAAAGAUUUGUAUGUCCUAACAAAGAGAUGACUGUGAUGAUGUACAUAAAAUAUUUCUGAGACAUGAACAUUCAAAAUAGGACACAUUUUGAAAAUAUUUCGAGAACUAUGUAGGAUACUUCUAUUAAGCUUAUUGAAAGUAAGCCAUAAAAUAAAAAUCUAUGAUUCAGGAACUGAAAAAGCAGGCUGCACAUUUAAGAUAAAAUUAUUAUUUACAUAUCAUUUUGAGUUGUAUAAGUCACAAAAUCAUCUUUUUAUAUCAUUUCACCAGCAACAUUCAGAAUAUGUUUCAGUUAUUUGUUACACUUGGGACAACAGAAAUUCAUAAGCAUGAUAUGUCCAUUAAUUGCAAAGAUUUAACAGUGGUCAUGCACUUCAGAAAAUUUGAAGGAAUGGUACAGUUUGUUUGCCCAUUCAGGUUUGAUGUUUUCCCAGGUUCAUUAGAACCUCUGGUUAGCAAAUUUUUCUGGAAAUGCCUUGCAAGAGCCAAGUAAUACUCUCAUGGUUCUUGUUAAUACUUUCAGACAUUUGAGAGAAGUAUCUUUGAAACUUCCUCCUGCUAUCCAGU